AUGCUGGGCCAGCUCGAGAGCGAAGAGUUACUGCGUAUUUGCCGAACGCUGCUCACAUCUAUUCAAGAACGAAGAGCGACGUCAUCUACAGACAGAGGCAGCGGGUUUACAGCAGACAGAGAGGUGCAAGGAACCGGUCGACCAAAGAUCAAGGUGUCAAAAGAACAGCUCGAAUUUCUGUUGUCAUACAGAUUUACAGCAAAUGAUAUAGGGCUUACAAUCGGGUGUUCAGUACGUACCGUUCACCGUCGUUUGUCGGAGCACGGUUUGUCAGUUGGGCAAUUCUACACAAACAUCUCAGAUGAGGACUUGGAAGAAGUAGUCUCACAAAUCAACCAAAGAUAUCCCAGGCAUGGCUACCGAAUGGUGGAAGGACAUUUGCUCCGACUAGGUAUCCAAGUAGCACGUCAAAGAGUACGUGACAGCUUGUGUAGAGUUGAUCCAGAGGGAAUUGCGCUCAGGUGGUCGAACGCAAUCCAACGGCGCACAUACAACGUCUACGGCCCAAAUGCCCUGUGGCAUAUCGACGGUCAGCACGGUCUAAUCCGAUGGGGUUUAGUUAUACAUGGAGGUGAGUGAACAAUACAGUAUAUAAACAUCUAGAGAACUCGAUGUGAUGAUUACAACUCCUGGCGUAACCUACAUAAUUGUGUU